AAAAAAACAAACUUUACAGGAUUUAAAGGAAGAAAGAAAGUAAAUCAAAAGAAAGAAUACAAUGGCUUGAAAGGAAGAAGAAACUCUGGAUGUAUUUCUUUUCUUGUGGGAGCUGAGGAGUUUCAAGAGGGCUUUCACCCUGAACCACUGCUUUUCAUUCAUCAUGGUGGACCUGUUCCUAAACCACGUUCUGGUGGAGAACAACUGGGACCAGGAUGAGCUCAACACAGAGCGCGAAAUCGUCGGGAUCCUUGAAAACCGCAUCCUGAUGCUGUUCUUUGCAUCUGCUGAGUGUGAAAAGUGCCGGAAGUUUGUGCCUGUUCUGAAUGAGUUUUUUAAGAGACUGAAAGAUCCAGCGUACAUCGAAUACCCCAAACUGCUCGCGCUCAUCUACAUCAGCUUGGACCAAUCAGAGGAGCAGCAGGAAAGAUUCCUCAAAGAGCUGCACAAAAAGGUUCUGUUUUUGGCCUUUGAGGACUCAUACAGGAAGGAACUUCAGGCCAUGUUUAAGGUGAAAGACGUUCCAACAGUAGUGGUGCUUCGUCCUGACUGCUCCAUUCUCUCUCUAAAUGCCGUGCAGGACAUCUGUCGUUCUGGUGCCGACUGUUUCCGCAACUGGCAGGAAUCCUCGGAGCUCAUUGAGAGGAGCUUCAUGCUCAACGAGGAGUUUGACGACCUAAAUCUGCGGAGUGCCACCGACCCUGUGAGGAGAAUCAAGUACAAGACAGAGGACGACAAGAGGAAAAAGAGAUGGUGGAAGUUAUGGGGGAAAGGCAAAGAUGGACAUGAAGAGGAAGAAGAGCAAGAUGGAGAAUGGAAUACAAAGAGAAAGGAGGGGGACAAAGGAACAUGGAGGAGAAGAUGAGAAGAGAAAGGAUGAGAGAAAAUAUACAUAUAUAUAAAAGGAAAAGGCUUUUGUGUUGAUCCUCUCUAGUAAUUGUCUUACAGCACAUUCAAGUCCAGCCUCUUAAAUACUUAAUUCUAAGCUACUGAUACUGCAGCUCCUUCACAGGCUCUCUAAGAAAAGCUCCUUUAUCAUAUCACUGGAGGUAGAGUGUAAUGGCAUGUAGGACCAUAACAAACAUAACUGUGCCUCCCUGCACUGACCACACGAAAUGUUGAAAGGAAUGAAAUGAGAUUGUUUUGAUCUAUCUUAAGAGAUAUGCUACUGUUGUUUUUACUGUUACAUGUUGUACAUUUUAUUAUGAUUAUUAUUAUUAAUAUGUCUGAAAUAUGAUCCCGUCUAGUCUUAUCACUUUGCCAACUCAUGACUUAAGUUAACUAAGAAUGAAAAGUUAAGAGAGAGCAAUCUCAUAUACUGACAAUCCACCUGUGCAGCUCUACAGACUUUUUCUUUUUAGCCUUUUUUAGCUCGUUUUGAUUUUUAAUUCAAAUCAUGCCAGCUCCAUCAUUUCCAGCAGCGUCUGUCAGCUGUUAAAAAAACAAACAAACACUAAAUGAUACACUAACUCCAAAUGAAUGUUAAUGUAGUUUCAUGUCUGCUGGGUGUGUAAACUCUUUGGUGUUUUUCAAGCUUUUUCUGUUUUAGCAUUUUUAUGCCCCCAAGUGGGAAAAAAGCUAAAGUUAUUGCAGCUUGAAACUAAAUUUAGGCGCUGGUGCCUGCAGGUGAUUUAAAAGUGAAAUUAUUAUUUUGUCAGACAUUAUGUAUAUAGAUAUAUACAUAUUGUAUAUACGUAUU